CAGGAGUUCCGUCCUGAGCUGGUGAUCAAAACUGAUCUGCUGGUUUCUGAUCUGCUGAGUCGCUGUCUCUCUGUGAUUCAUCUCAUCAUCGUCCACUUCAUCUCCGCGGCUGCGUCCCUCAACCCGGACGACCCCAACGUGUGCAGCCACUGGGAGAGCUACGCUGUGACGGUGCAGGAGUCCUACGCUCAUCCCUUCGACCAGGUCUACUACACCCGCUGCACCGACAUCCUCAACUGGUUCAAGUGCACCAGACACAGGAUCAGCUAUAAGACGGCCUACAGACGAGGUGUGAGGACCAUGUACAGACGUCGCUCUCAGUGCUGCCCGGGUUUCUUUGAGAGCGGAGACCUGUGUGUUCCUCUUUGCACGGACGAGUGUUCCCACGGACGCUGCGUCUCUCCUGACACCUGCCAGUGUGAGCCGGGCUGGGGGGGGCUGGACUGCUCCAGUGGAUGCGAGAGCGACUUCUGGGGCCCCCACUGCACCAACCGCUGUCAGUGCCGUAACGGCGCCAAGUGCAACCCGAUCACCGGCGCCUGCGUGUGCACCGACGGGUUCCAGGGCUGGCGCUGCGAGGAGCCCUGCGACGCCGGCUUCUACGGGAAAGACUGCCAGCUGGAGAGCCAGUGCCUCAACGGCGCCACCUGUCAGCACCAGACCGGCGAGUGCCUGUGUGCACCCGGAUACACCGGAGCCUUCUGUGAGGAGCCGUGUCCUCCAGGGAAACACGGAACCCAGUGUGAGCAGCGCUGCCCCUGUCAGAACGGGGGGGCGUGUCAUCACGUCACCGGAGAGUGCUCGUGUCCCGCCGGCUGGGUGGGUCCAGUCUGUGCCCAGCCCUGUUCCUUCGGCUGGUUCGGGAUCAACUGCUCCCUGGAGUGCACGUGUCGGAACGCCGGCCUGUGCGACCACAUCAGCGGCCAGUGCCAGUGCACCGCCGGCUACAUCGGAGAGAGAUGUCGAGAGGAGUGUCCGGUCGGCACCUACGGGCCCACGUGCGCCAACAAGUGCGACUGCCAGAACGGAGCCAAGUGUUACCACAUCAACGGCGCCUGUCUGUGCAGCGAGGGCUUCAAGGGCCCCAGCUGCCAGGACCGCUUCUGCCCCCCCGGCCUGUACGGACUCGCCUGCGACAGAUACUGCCCGUGCAAAACCGCCAACACGCUCAGCUGUCACCCUCUGUCGGGGGAGUGCACCUGUGCGGCCGGGUGGGCGGGGCUCUACUGCAACGAGACCUGUCCUCCCGGGUUCUACGGCGGCGGCUGCACGGAGACGUGCGCCUGCAGCAACGGAGCCGACUGCGACGGCAGCAGCGGCGCCUGCGUCUGCGCUCCAGGAUUCAUAGGUGACGACUGCUCCAUCAGCUGCCCCCCCGGCCUGUACGGCACCAACUGCUCCUCCUCCUGCUCCUGCCACAACGAGUUCUCCUGCUCGCCCAGCGACGGCUCCUGCUCCUGCAGAGAAGGUUGGCAGGGAGUGGACUGUACCAUCCCGUGCUCCAGUGGCUCCUGGGGACUGAGCUGCAACGAGACCUGUCAGUGCGCCAACAUGGCCGCCUGCGACCCCGUCAACGGCACCUGCACCUGCUCCUCGGGCUGGAGGGACGAGUUCUGCGACGCGGCGUGUCCGGAGGGCUCGUACGGGCUGGACUGCUCAGAGCGAUGUGACUGUGUCCACUCGGACGGCUGUGACCCGGUGAGCGGCUCCUGUCGCUGCCUCACGGGAUGGACCGGUGUGGGUUGUGACAGUGUGUGUGACGAGGGACGCUGGGGACAGAACUGCUCGUCCAGCUGCUCCUGUGAGAACGGUGGCUCCUGCUCCCCAGAGGACGGAUCCUGCGUGUGUGCUCCUGGAUACCGAGGAACCAACUGCAGACGAGCCUGCUCCUCUGGUCUCUACGGUCACCGCUGCAGUCAGUCCUGUCCUCAGUGUCUCCACAGUGACGGAGCGUGUCACCACGUCACCGGACACUGUGAAUGUCUCUCUGGAUUCUUCGGCUCCCUCUGCAACCAAGUGUGUCCCAGUGGACGGUUCGGUAGCGCCUGUGCUGAGUCGUGCUCGUGCACCAACAACGGGACGUGUCAUCCCAUCGACGGCUCCUGUCAGUGCUUCACAGGCUGGAUCGGAGAGGACUGCUCCAGACCAUGUCCUCAGGGCUCGUGGGGUCCAGACUGCAUCCACACAUGUAACUGUCACAACGGAGCCAAGUGCAGCGCUGGGGACGGAGAGUGUGACUGCAGCGCUGGAUGGACGGGACUCUACUGCACUCAGCGUUGUGCGGCAGGUUUCUACGGCUCUCAGUGUGCGGAGGUGUGUCGCUGUCAGAACGGAGCCGACUGCGACCACAUCAACGGGAAGUGCUCCUGCAGGACGGGCUUCAUCGGGCAGAGCUGUGAACUCAAGUGCCCUGCGGGGACCUUCGGCUACGGCUGCCAGCAGUUGUGCGAGUGUUUGAACAACGCAACCUGCGACUACGUGACGGGAACCUGCUACUGCAGCGCCGGCUUCAAAGGGAUCCGCUGCGACCAGGCUGCUCUGAUGAUGGAGGAGCUGAACCCCUACACCAAGAUCAGCCCGGCGCUGGCGUCCGAGCGCCAGUCGGCCGGCGCCGUCCUGGGCAUCGUGUUCCUGCUGCUGCUCAUCGUGGCCAUGCUCGGCCUGGGGGUGUGGUUCCGCUACCGGCAGAGAGAGAAGGGUCACCACGUGCCCAGCGUCACCUACACCCCCGCCCUGCACAUCAACGCCACAGACUACUCCCUGUCCGGGCUGCAGUGCACAGGCCUGCUCUCCUCUGCAGACUCCUCCCCCAGCAGCAGCUCCGUCGGCCGCUGCUUCUCCAACCCGAGCUACCGCACGCUGGGGCCGUGCACGUACGCCGCGCACUACGCCACGCCGCACAAGAGGGCCGCCGCCAAGAUGAAGACGAAGCGGCGCCACAGGAACAGCGCCCCCGAGUGGGGAGCCUACUGUAACCUCAGCGAUCUGGGUGUGUACUGCAUCGAUCGGCGCUACAGCCACCACCUAGAGCCGCCACGCUACCGAGACUACAUGAAGGGAUCCUUGUCCAGCACCUGCUCCCUCAGCAGCGAGAACCCGUACGCCACCAUCAACGACCCCCCCGCCCUCUGCAAGCACUCUGAGAGCAGCUACGUGGAGAUGAAAUCACCGACUCGCCACGACCACGUGACGCACUGCUGCUCCGCCGCCAUCAUCACCACGACCACCGCGGCUCCCGCCAAGAACGUGUACGACAUGGAACCGACCAUCAGCAUCCUCCAGGGGGCCGGGGGGGUGGUGGUCCCGCUCAGUUUCCCUCAGAACCCGUACGACCUGCCCAGGAACAGUCACAUCCCGGGACACUACGACCUGCUGCCGGUCCGCCACAGCCCCCCCCACAGCCACAGUCCCCCCCUGCCCGGCAGCCCCACCAGCUCCCUGCUUUAG